CUUUAAGAAAGGAGUCGCUGUAAUCUGAAGCCUGCUGGACGCUGGAUUGGGAGGCAGCAGAAAAAGUCCUGGUGCUUGCAGGAGCCCCUCAGUGCAGGGACCUAGGCUGGGCGUGGAGCUGCAGCGCACCCACAGGCUCCGGGAUGCAGGCCCUCGUGCUACUCCUCUGGAUUGGAGCCCUCCUCGGGUCCGGCAGCUGCCAGAACGCUGGCCCGGAGGAGGGCUCCCCGGCCCCUGACACGGUGGGGGCGCCAGUGGAGGAGGAGGAUCCCUUCUUCAAGGUCCCUGUGAACAAGCUGGCGGCGGCCGUCUCCAACUUUGGUUACGACCUGUACCGAGUGAGAUCCAGCGAGAGCCCCACCGCCAACGUGCUCCUGUCUCCCCUCAGCGUGGCCACGGCGCUCUCUGCCCUGUCUCUGGGAGCCGAACAGCGGACAGAAUCCAGCCUCCACCGGGCUCUCUACUAUGACCUGAUCAGCAACCCGGACCUCCACGGCACCUACAAGGAGCUCCUUGCUGCCGUCACCGCCCCCCAGAAGAACCUUAAGAGUGCUUCCCGGAUCAUCUUUGAGAAGAAGCUGCGGAUAAAAGCAAGCUUUGUUGCACCCCUGGAAAAGUCAUACGGGACCAGGCCCAGAAUUCUGACCGGCAACUCCCGCUUGGACCUUCAGGAGGUUAACAACUGGGUGCAGGCCCAGACGAAAGGGAAAGUCGCCAGGUCCACGCGGGAACUGCCUGGCGAAAUCAGCAUCCUCCUUCUUGGUGUGGCUUACUUCAAGGGGCAGUGGGUAACCAAGUUUGACUCCAGGAAGACGUCGCUGGAGGAUUUCCACUUGGAUGACGAGAGAACCGUGAAGGUGCCCAUGAUGUCAGACCCUAAGGCCGUUUUACGCUACGGCUUGGAUUCUGAUCUCAACUGCAAGAUCGCCCAGCUGCCCUUGACCGGAAGCAUGAGUAUCAUCUUCUUCCUGCCUCUGAAAGUGACCCAAAACCUGACCAUGAUAGAAGAGAGCCUCACCUCUGAGUUCAUUCACGACAUAGACCGAGAACUGAAGACGGUUCAAGCGGUCCUGACCGUCCCCAAGCUGAAGCUGAGCUACGAGGGCGAACUCACGAAGUCUGUGCAGGAACUGAAGCUGCAAUCCUUGUUUGAUUCACCAGACUUUAGCAAGAUCACGGGCAAACCUAUCAAACUUACUCAAGUGGAACAUCGCAUUGGCUUUGAGUGGAACGAGGACGGGGCAAGUGCCACCUCCAGCCCAGGGCCCCGCCUCACCUUCCCCCUGGACUAUCACCUUAACCAGCCUUUCAUCUUUGUACUGAGGGACACAGACACAGGAGCCCUUCUCUUCAUAGGCAAGAUUCUGGACCCCAGGGGCACUUAAUGCUCUAGUUUAAUGUUCGAAUAUCCCAGAAGAAGAAAACUCUAGACAGAUGGCAGAUUAUAUAUUACACGAAAGCUGCACAUAUGUUUCAAUGUAUACUUUGCAAUAAAAGUGCUUUAUCCUUAACUUUCA